AUGCCUGGCCUCAACCUUCAGGGCGCGUCUGCCAUUGUCACGGGCGCAGGAUCCGGGAUAAACCUGGCCUUUGCACAGGCCCUGGUCGCCAAAGGAUGCAGCGUCCUGAUCGCCGACAUCAGCCUGCGGCCCGAAGCCCGAGCGUUCGUGGACUCGAUCGCGCAAAAGGGCGGCGACGGACCCAAGGUCGUCUUUGAGCCGACCGACGUGACGGACUGGGCGCAGCUGGAGAAGUCGUUUGACGUGGCGAAGAGGGAGUUCGGCGCCGUGCCGGACCUGGUGUGUCCGGGGGCGGGCAUCUAUGAGCCUCCAACCUCCGGAUUCUGGGGCGAUGUCGACUCCCCCUCGCACUACAAGCACUUUGACAUCAACCUCGUCCACCCGAUCAAGAUGACCCGCAUGGCCAUCCGGCACUUGAUGCGCGCGAAGAAGACCGGCACCGUCGUCCUCAUCGCCAGCGUCGCGGCCGAGACGGUCAGUUUCAUCACGCCCCUGUACCAGGCGUCCAAGCACGGCGUGGGCAGCUUCGUCAUGGGCAUGGCUGCGGCGGAGCAGGUUUGUGGCGUGCGCGUGGUGGGUGUGGCGCCGGGACCAAUCGCCACCCCCCUCCUCAUGGAAGACCCCGGCGUCGCCGGCUGGGUCGACCCGACCAAGGACACGCUCCUCUCGCCGACCGUCAUCGCCGACGCCAUGAUCGCCCUGGCCGAGAAUCCCGGUGACAAGUACCCGCCCGGCACGCUGCUCGAGGUCAUCGACGAGCCGCCCGCGUCGUGGCGCGUCAUCCCCCUCUUCAACAACCCGGGCCCCACGCGGCUGAACCUGGUCAGCGGCAAGGACGGGGCCAUGUCGACGGUGCUGAAGAUUCUAAAGGACGACGCUGAGUGA